AAUUCCCCGUUUUUUGACUCAUUUUUAUUCUAUUUGCGGACAAAACUUUGCGCGCUAAAAGAUCAAGAAAAUACCUUUAAACACCGAAUAAUUUUUAAUUUUUAUAAUGUCCGCAUUAUUUGUCCGCAAAUAUUUCUUUCUACCCUUUCUUUCCCUCAACAUUUUUUUUCUUUUAAUAAUUUUUUUCAUUUUUUCAGGUUAAAAAUAUAGAAGUAACAGAAUUGAGAAAAGAAAAAGUUUUUUUAAAAUUACAAAAAAGAAUUUCAAAAGAUAAAGAAGAAAUGCGUCGUCGACAUCAAAAAAUGAGAGAAAAUGUAUUAAAAUCGCAACAAUCAAGUGUUGAAAAAUUGGUUGGGAAUGCAUCAACUACAACAAAUAUUUUAACAACAAAAUUAUCUUUAAAAAGAAGAAAUCAUCCAAAUAAUGCAAGUACAGAUGCUGGUGAAGCCAACAAAAUUAGACAUGUUUCUCUUGGAAAUAGAAUAUCUGAUCCUGUACAUAUGGGUGGAGAUUCUUUGGGAAGAGGAGGGGAUUUUCUCUUUGACCUACCAAAAAGGAUGCUUCAGAAAAUUAUUUUAAUAAUUUUUUUGAAAUUUUUGGGGAGUAUAUCCAGUCUCGCUGUUCUUGUCUUGUAUUAUUGCUGGAUUCGUUCAUUAAUACAAAACCAAACAGAUGAAUGGUCAACAUUAAUAAAACGAAUAGAAAUUGAACAAUUUGAACAACGUAAAUUACAUACAAAGGAGGAAUAUGAACUUUUGAGGAGAAUAUUGACAGAAAGACAAAAACAACAACAAUUAGCAUUAAAAUCAAGAUUUGAAAUGGAAAAUAGAGAAUUGAAGCAAGCACAAACUAAAAAGAGUAUGGAAGAUAUUCGAGCAGUACAACAGGAUAAAGUAAUCAAAACUAAAGCUGAAAGGGAUAGAAGAAUAAAAGAAUUGAAUGAAAGAAAUUUGAAGCUUUUUAUGGAAGAAAGGAAAAGAUUAGCUACAAGAUGUAGACGGCAUGAAGAUCAAUUAGAGAAAAAACAUAACGAACAAUUGGAAUCUUUGGAGAAAGAAUCUAUUAGGGCAUUAGAAUUAGAAGAGAUGAGUCAUCGAGAAACCUUGUUAGCUUCACAACCUCAAUGUAUUGUUUGA